GGGUGAGGCCAGUUGAGUGUGGGAGCAGGCAGAAGGAGGCGCGUUGGAGGCGAGGAGAGAAGGUCGUUCUUCGCUGCAGCUCUCCCCCCACCGCGAGCCCCACCUGGAAGGAAGUGACAGUUAGUGCCAUGGCCUCAAAUUCAGGAAUCGUCUCUGAUGAUGGCGAGAGCAGCAAGAAUUCAACACUGGAGAGGUGCCUGAAUGUGUUUAGAGAUGCAAGUAAUGACAGUGAACAGUUUGCUGCUCUGCUUCUGGUGACCAAAGCAGUAAAAGCUGGAGAAAUCAACUCCAAAACCCGCCGGAGGAUCUUUGACGCUGUUGGCUUCACAUUCCCAAACCGGCUCCUCACUUCCAAGGAUCCCCCUGAGGGAUGCCCACAGCAAACAUUCAAAGCCCUUGGCCUCACCCUGCUGGCCUGUUUCUGCACUGAUCCAGAUUUAGCCAGGCAUCCUCAGAUCCUUAACAAAAUCCCAGUGUUCAAUGAUGUGAUUUUAACUUGCAAGCCCGGAGAUGCUUCCUUUAGCUCCAUGAUUGAUGAUGCUUAUCAAUGCCUCAGAGCUAUCCUGGCCACUCCCAAGGGUGCCAGAGAGCUGGUGAACAGGGGAGCUCUCUCAGCACUGUGCUUGGCCUAUAUAAGUCACAACCAUGGCUAUGAUCAGGCCCUCCAGCUGCUGGUGGGGCUUAUGACAUCAGUGGAAGCAAAGUGCUGGCAGAGAGCCACUGCUGACCUGAUGGGUGUGCUUAACCUACUCAGUACAGAAUUCCAGAAGGCUGAAGAUGUGACCAAAUUCCAGCUGUGUGAAGUGCUGCCCCGCUUUGUGCCUUCCCUUCUCCCAGCCGGCUCAGAAUGCUUCCAGCCCCUCUACCGAGGCCUCUCUAACAUCCUGACCAGCAAGCUGAGCCCUUCCCAGCGGGAUCCUGCCUUGAAACUGGCAGCCUGCCUGUCCCAAGCCUGUGGCUCGAGGUGGAUCCCAGCAGGGAGCUCUGGCAGCAAGUUCUUUGCCUUGCUGGCCAACCUAGCCUGUGUGGAAGUCCGCCUGACCCUGGAGGAGCCGGACCUGACAGCGGUGGACAAGAAGCAGGAGUUGAUGGCCGCUUGCUACGUCCUGAUGGAGCUUGCGAUUAUGGAAUGCACAAGGGAGAAGGGUUCUUUGCUGCAGGAUGCCCAGAAAGUACAGCUAGUGGGCAUCCUGGGGGAGGCCUUCAGGGCUGUUAUUCACUACCUGAGACAGGUAGGGCGGAAGAAGCUGGAGGAUCCUUUCAUUUUUGCCUCCGUUCGCAUCCUUGGGGCCUGGCUGGCUGAAGAGACCUCUUCCCUCAAGCAGGAGAUCUGUGACCUUCUACCUUUCCUCAUAUAUUAUGCCAAGAUGCAGUUUGAAGAGGAGAGGAGAGGCAGAAGUGGAUUGCAGCAUGAGGUGGAGCAGGCUGGGCAAGGCAGCGUCCAGGAGCCUAUUUGGCGAGGGGAUGCUCUGAGGUUCCUGUUACCUGGCUUAAGCCACCUGACUGCAGAGGAUCGGCCCCGUGAGAUUCUCAUUUCAGAGGGAGCCCCAGUUCUCCUGUGCCAAUAUUUCUUGUACCGCUGGGAGACAUUUGUUUCAAACACUGAAUCCCUGUCUACAUCAAAAACUGUAGAAGCCAGUCUUCAAACUUCCUGUGAGAUUUUCCUGAAUUUGGUUGUCACUGCUCCAGAUUUAAUCAGCCGAGAAGAUUGUUUUGCAGCCUUGAUGGACGUGGUGCUGAGGUCUCUUCCUUCUCUGCUGCCACAGAGGGACCAUCUCAUCCUGACAGCCAAUGUGGCAACUCUGGGGCUCAUGAUGGCCAGGAAACUCUUCGCCUACCCAGGUCUCCAAGGCACUCCAGAAUCCGAGGGCUUCUUUGUCGCCGCCAUCCGUUUCCUGGCAGACGCGCACGCCGCCCAAGCUGAUCCCGAGGGGGUGAUGAUGACCUUGAGUGCUUCCCCAGCCUACAAGGUAGCCUGGCCAGCCAUUCGCGAGUUGUGGUUUCUGGGUAUGCAGGCCUUCGCUAGCUGCGUGCCCCUCUUCCUGUGGCUGCCCCAGGACGUCCUGCGCUCCGGCUGGCUUCAGGAGCUGCUGUCGUCGCUGGGCCGUGUGGCCCCGGCCUCCGUGGACUUGGAAGUGAUCAGAGCUUUCCAAGGCAUCUUGGUGGAGCUGGCCAGAGCUAGUCAGCCCUGCUUGGAGAUGAUCCAGCAGCACCGGGGUUUGGAGCUGGCCAAUCUGUAUGGCAUGGCAGCCUUGGAGCAAUGUCUCUCUGAGCAGUGAGCAGGCGCCGCAGUCUGUGGUGGCAGGAGAAGGGUUUUCCCUGAAGCAGUUCUACCAUUCUGUUCCAUACAGAUGGAGGCUCUCUCUGAGCAGUAAAAGGCCCGUGGGAUAUGUCAGGCCUCCCUCCUCACCAGGUGGCUGCACAAAGUGAUAAAGCGUAAUACGGUUUAUAUGAUAUUAUUUAUUUAUUUAUUUAUUUAUUUUGAUAUUUUCAGUGCCACUUUUCAGGGCAGAAAGGCCUUCUCGAGGCAGCUCACAGAAAUAAUGUGAAACCAUUUUUGUUUUGUUUUUCAAAAAAAUAAAUGAAUUAAACUAGCAGCAUGCAACCAACUCAGGCCCAGAUCAAUCCACCAAAACGUCAUAUAAAAUAGUAAGCAGCGGCUGUAUAAAAAUCCAGCCCAGUGUCACUAGUUUAAAGAUUGGAACAAAAAGGUCUUUGAGACCCAUUUUAAAAACCGCUAAUGAGGGGGGCCAAGCGUAUGUUCUGUGGAUGGGAGUUCCACAAAGAUGGGACCACCACUGAAAAGGAUAAUGAUGUUGUCUAAAUGCAUGUUUCCUAGCUCUCUGUGAUAUCGUAGAGUAACAUGAAGCAAAAGUCUUACCUGCUGGCAGUAAAACAAUCGCACAAUGUAUGCCAAUGCACGUUAGUGCUGCUCAGUUGACUCUAAUGCAUUGUGAAGAAAGCUACCGUUUUGCUCUGGAGAGAGAGCAAAUGUGUGCUAAAGGAACUUUGGUAGUACUCUAAUGUGGAAGGGGAGGAAUGUUUAGCUAGGUAUAGUGAUUGUGCCCAAAGUGUCCUUUGCUAGCCUUAAUCGGGCUUCUGGGUGCCCUUACUAUCGAAGAGCACAAUGGGUAGGCCAUCUAAUCAUUGCCUCAGGACUGGUAUUGUCAAAGCACUUUCCUGAGGACACCAAGGGAGGACACCUCUCAUUUUAUUUAAUUGUAAUUAUUUAUAUUCCACGGUUAAAGAUACAAAUCCUUCCAAGGCAGCUUACAAGUAGAAGCAAACUAGCAAAAACAGAACAUGUCAUCAGGAUCUUUCCGACAGGAUUGCUAGUGUCUGGAUUUGGCUUGUUUGUUUCUCUUGUUUUUUAUUGAAUAAAUUUAUACCCCACUUUUCAGUUCAAAAAAGCGACCCAAGGGCAACUUACAAAUGUUCUAAAACAACAACAACAAACAAUUUAAAUCCAACUGAAAUAAUCCACAAACCAGCUGGGUGGGUGGGUGGGUGGGGAGAGAGAACAGUCCAUCUGGAGCAGGCGCUGAAGCCUACUUUGCCUGUCUCCAUCACUCUCCUGUUCCUUCCCACGGCCCUGUUGAGGAGGGGGGACAAGCUUGGGCAACGAGAGGGUCAAAGCUACUUUGCUGUUAAAAGAAUGGACUCCCUUUGAAUUGCCUGCAGUUCAAGAAAAAAUGGGUCUCCUAGGCCAAAGAUACAAAAGUGGGAUCUAAACUCUCCGGACUGUGAACGCUUGCUUGUUUUGGCUUCUCUGUAUUGUUCAGCAUGUAGGCUCCUGCAUGCAGCUGGUCAGUAUUAUGUUCUUGGAUUUGGGGGCUGGUUCAGCCCAUGAAGCUCUUGGCCUUGGCUCAUUCUCCUGGUGUUUCUAGUUCAGUAAAUAAAGUGCUCUGUCUUGUAAUAAA